AUGAGAAUCACUCGCUCCCAGACGGGGAAAACCCCCAAAAAAAUGGACCGCCCCGGCUUCAUCGAGACACCUGGCCGUAGAGCCACCCGCAGCAGCACACAGUCCGUCGAACCCGAAGAGCGCGAAAUGUCCACGCCCCCCAGUGAAGUCCCGACCGACUCCCAGUCAGUAUCCCGACGACGGACGACUGGAAAGGUGAAGGAGGAAGACGUCUCCGAAGGACGCGCCAAUGACUCCGCGGGCAAGAAACGGCGGAUCGUGGACGGCUGGGAGGAAGGACUGGAUCCCAAGGUGGAUUACAGCGGCCACUUUGAAUUCGGAGGGUCGUUCGGAGUCCUGGCCAUGAUGAUCGGAUUUCCCCUGUUGAUGUACUACAUGUGGAUUGGCGCCACUUAUUACGAUGGCAAGUUCCCUCGCCCAGCGGAGGGCCAGAGCAUGUCCGAUUUUGUCGCGCACAUGGGCAAUUUGGUGUAUGAGGGCGCAUUCCCGACGCUUAAGGCCUGGACUAUCUACUGGGUUUUCUUCAUCUUCGAGGGUGCCUGUUACGUGCUUCUCCCCGGGAUCACAGUCAUGGGUCGCCCGCUGCCGCACGCCAACGGAAAGCAGCUUCCGUACCAUUGCUCGGGUACCUGGUCCUUCUACCUCAGUAUUGUGCUGGUUUUGGCGCUGCAUUUUACUGGCCUCUUCAAGCUGUACACCGUCAUCGAUGAAUUUGGUUCGCUCAUGAGCGUCGCCAUCCUGUCCGGCUUCCUGGUGUCCUUUAUCGCUUACUUCUCCGCCCUGGCCCGCGGAGCCCAACACCGUAUGACUGGUUACCAUGUCUAUGACUUUUUCAUGGGCGCGGAGCUCAACCCCCGCAUGUUCGGCAUCCUGGAUUUCAAAAUGUUCUUCGAAGUCCGCCUGCCCUGGUACAUCCUUCUGUUCACUACCAUGGGAGCGGCUGCCAAGCAGUACGAGAUCUAUGGCUAUGUCUCUGGCGAGGUUGGUUUCCUGCUGAUGGCGCACUUCUUGUACGCCAAUGCCUGCUCCAAGGGCGAGGAGUGCAUCGUGUCGACGUGGGAUAUGUACUAUGAGAAGUGGGGUUUCAUGCUUAUCUUCUGGAACCUUGCUGGCGUCCCUCUGAGCUACUGCCACUGCACGAUCUACCUGGCCCAGCACGACCCGGCUACCUACCACUGGAACCGUUACUUCCUGGUGGCCCUCUACGUGGCGUACCUCUUUGUGUACUGGGUGUGGGAUACGACCAACAGCCAGAAGAACCGAUUCCGUCAGCAGGAACGCGGCACCAUGGUGUUCCGGAAGACCUUCCCUCAGCUUCCCUGGCAGACGCUGGAGAACCCUAAGACCAUCUCCACCGAUGCUGGCACCAAGAUCUUGGUCGACGGUUGGUAUGGCAAAGCUCGCAAGAUUCACUACACCUGUGAUCUGUAUUUCGCGCUCAACUGGGGCCUGAUCACUGGUUUCGCCAGCCCGUUCCCCUGGUUCUACCCGGUCUUCUUCGCCUGCAUGAUCAGCCACCGUGCACUGCGCGACAUCCAGCGUUGUCGGACCAAGUACGGAGAGGCCUGGGCCGAGUAUGAGAGACGGGUUCCCUACCUGUUCAUCCCGUGCAUCUAUGUAUUCCACCCCACCAUCCCAGGCUACCCGAAAGCGCGAUUCCCAGGCGUCGUAGUCUUUAGUGAAAUCUACCAAGUGACCGGCCCGGUUGCACGUUUCGCACGACAGAUCGCAGGCCAGGGCUAUAUCUGCGCCGCUCCGUCUAGCUAUCACGAGUUUACGGGACCGGAAGGCUUGCAGUAUAAUGCUGAGGAUACGGACAAGGGGAACCAGUGGAAGAUUAGCAAGAAACUCGCAGCCUACGACGAAGAUGCCUCAUUGGCAGUUGACUAUCUACUCUCGCUCCCCACGUGCAAUGGACGUGUCGGAGCGACGGGUAUGUGUCUGGGUGGACACCUUGCGUAUCGAUGCGCGCUGGAUAGCAGGGUCAAGGCGUCGGUUUGUUACUUUGCUACUGAUAUCCACAGUAAGACGUUGGCGGCGGGGAAGAAUGAUGAUAGUUUGGCGAGGGCGGGGGACAUUAAGGGGGAGCUACUCAUGAUCUUCGGAAAAAACGAUACGCAUGUCCCACCUGAAGGGAGGGAUCUGAUUCGAAAGACACUCCACGACAAGGGCGUGCUCUUUGGGUUUUACGAGGUGGCUUGGGCGCAACAUGCGUUUAUCCGCGACGAACUCAGCAAGGGGCGGUAUGACCCCGCGAUUAGCAAGGUGUGCUUUGAGAUGUUGCUGGAGCUGUUUGGUCGUACGCUGAAGCUGGAUCUGGGAGAGCAUGAUGGAAAGGAGUUGAAAGUGGAGGAUGUGUGUUGA